UGUAAAUCGCCAACGUAUUUUCAAGGCAACAACGGCUGGACAGACGCGGGCUGUGCCGUGGAACAGCAGCAAAAUCAUUCUACAUCUGUUAAGUUUGUUUGCUCAGUAUUAUCGUUAUUGUUUCGUUUUUUACGCUUUUGUGUGCAUUCCGUGGUGUGUUGUUUUUCACUCUUCCUUCAUUUUAUCUGGCUUUGCCGAAAGCCAUGAGGAAAGGAUGAGCGCGUUUGAGGUAUCCUGUACGCCACCACGAGCCGUAGCGAAACCGAAGACAAACGAAUCCCGGGAACCGACGCUGGUUCUGCUAGGACCAUUUACUCCCAAGGCUACCGUGGUGUUUGAAGGCGUACCCGUAGGCAAGAGCGCUCGCCGUUUGCUGAUUGUGCGGAAUACAAACAAGACGCUGGUGCAGGUUAACCUUACCAGAGUGCCCGAUCCCGGGUGUGGGCUUUGGUUUGAGUGGACAACGGCCGAUGUGGAGGCCGGCGCAGAGAAGACGCUGGAAGUGGUGUGGAAUCCGCAGCAACUGCUAGUGGGCAAGGACGUGCUCGUGCUUACCGAUAGCAUUGGCAACAGAAAGGACGUGCAGUUUAUUUUGAAAACCGUCGAACCUAAGUCAGCCGCCACCCGCAAACCUGUCGCUAAAUCGUUUGCCGUACCGAAAAAGUUGAAACUCAAAUCACCCUCCCCGCCGAAGGUGAAGCUAAAGCGCAACGUUCUACCGAAGAAGACGAAAAUUUCUCCCGGCAAGCCAGGUUGGUCGGUACCUACGAUAACGGUUGGUUCCAGGAUGGGGACUAUUGCGUCGAAAGUAACAACGGCCAUGUACGGGCCGGGCGCUGGGGACGGUAGUUUUGAUAUGAUGGACGAGUACGGUGCAGCAAGCUCGGGGACGAUGCGUACGGAAGGGUACAAGACUACUACUGACAAAGAAAAUGUAAAUCCGACCAGUCCGCUCGUUAUUGGUGCGAGGCUGGAUGCUAAAAAGUUCCUGUCGCCCCUGUCCGUGAAUGAUAGCUAUGUAAAGCGCGUAGAAAACCAGCCCACACCCGACUAUUUCAUGAAAGGCAAGGGACGGCGUGGAUUGAUCGACCAUACCGUGCGCAAAAACUUGGAGGUAUCGCCGAAAGCUCCCACAGCGGAAAUGGUAACGGAAUCGGACGCGAUGGAUGACAAAUCACGACAAAAGACGACAGCCUUGACGCCGCAGGAUCGCAACACACGGUUCGAUCCCAGUUGCUUUUCCACCGUUACUAAACCCUUGCCAGUAGACAAGACGUUUCUGAAGCCAUUUAUAGCUAGUCCCACUAUGGUGGACAGUAGUCUGGUGCAGCAACAGUCAGAUGAAAACCUACAGCGCCAUUUAACAUUUUCGCUAGAGCAUGAACAAGGAGACACGGAGGAGCACGAACUAGAAACGAAUCAGAAGGAUGAAAUGCCAAUCCAUGAGGAACAUCCUGAGCCCGCUACUGACAAAACGCACACGGUUGCGCACGAUUCCAGUCCCCAUCUGACGAGCAUAGCCGAGGAGAACGUGCCGGAACUCGGCAUUACGUUCGAGCGUCGACACGAUCGGCGCAACGGCUCGGUAUCCGAUGAUGCCGAGCUGAUAGCUUCCCUACACACACAGCAAACGUUUAUCGUGUCGGCUGAGCAAAAUUCACGGUCUGCAUCGGUGGAAAACAUUGUGCGGAAUGUAACCGUCACUAUUAAGGACAGUGUUUCGCGCUCCUCGCUGCCAAACCUGUUGGACAAGAGCAGCAGCAGCAACAGUAGCAGCGCGAAUAAGAGUCACCACCUUGAAGAAGACGAAGGGGAUAAGAUCUUUCACGAGCAUGAAAUACGGGCACAGUCGAGCCGAUUUAACUUGCACGAGGUUGGCCGGUUCAGCGAUGAGAUGGUCGUACCGAGCACUGGAUGCAAACGCAGCAUCGAAUCGGUGGGCGAUGGAAAGGAGCUGAAGCUGGAACCAUUUGAGCUAACGAUAUCUCCACCGAAACGACGUUGUCGCCUCACUUCCAGCACGAGCGCGAUUAUAGCUCACGCCCUUCAGUCGGUUACCAAAACGGAAACGCAACUGUCGAACAGUAGCACUUUCCGGAAGCCGAUUGGAUACAAGUCAACGACACCAUCUACUCGUAGCGUAACACUGAGCACAUCGCGGAGCCUCAGCCUCAAGCGAACCGCCGUACCAUGCAGCUUACCGCCGAAGAGCGAAGAGAAGCGUGUGUUCCUGUACGAUUCCGACCGCCAUUUGAAAACGCUCAUCAAUCCGGACCCGUUUGCGGCGACCACCACCUGUAAUCCCUUCCUUACCGUCACGAUGUAUCUGGACGAGCGGGCGUUCGAGCAGUACGAGCGGCAGAUGAAAAAGUGGCUUAACGCGCUGGUCACCAUACCGGCCGAUCUGGACACUGAGCCGAACAAACCGCUAGACGUUGGGAAGCUGUUUGACGAGGUAAAAUCAAAGGAGCUUACACUCGCCCCUACCAAGGAGCUGAUCUCAUCGAAAUAUUACAAAACCCGACUGAACCACUUGCGCAGUGCCGGCAUUGCGCUGUACACGAGCGAGGAGAUAGCGAUGCCGCUCCGCAAGGUGGCCGCACAGAUUGAGAAGCAACUGCUGUCGUUGCGCACCGAUCGCAGCUUGCAUCUCGAUCUGGUGCUGCAGCGCUCCAUUUUGGAGCUGCUACUGUGUUUCAAUCCGCUCUGGCUGCGGCUCGGGCUGGAGGUGGUGUUUGGCGAGCAGAUUGAGCUACAAUCGAAUCGUGACAUCGUCGGACUGAGCACGUUCAUCAUACAUCGCCUGUUUCGCGAUCGCUACCUGGAGGCACGCAACUCCAAAGCGUACAAUCUUUCGCGCGCGUACGCCGAACAUAUGCGGAAGUUUACCCUGCGAAUGGUGCUGUUUUUGCUCCUGUUUCUCGACACGGCAAAGCGACGCAAGCUGAUCAAGCACAACCCAUGCCUGUUUGUGCGCAACGCGCCACACAAGGAGACGAAGGAAAUUUUGAUCCGCUUUGCCUCCCAGCUGGUGUCCGGCAUUGGGGACAUUACGAAGCACAUGAAACGCGUCGGCUACGUGCUGUCGCACAAGCAGUCCUUCCUGGAUGAGUACAACUACGCGUUCGAGAAUUUGGCCGUCGAUCUGCGGGACGGCGUACGGCUAACGCGCGUCAUGGAGAUCAUUCUGCUGCGGGACGAUUUGUCGGCCAGCCUGCGCGUGCCGCCCAUAUCGCGGCUGCAAAAGAUUCACAACAUCAACCUGGCGCUGGUUGCGCUGGAGCAGGCCGACUAUAAAAUUGCCGGCAACGUCACGGCCAAGGACAUCUGCGACGGACAUCGGGAGCAGACGAUGUCCCUGCUUUGGCAGAUUGUGUACAAAUUCCGUGCGCCAAAAUUCAAUGCGGCCGCAAUCGUAUUGCAGCGCUGGUGGCGUAUGAACUGGCUGAAGGUGACCAUUUCCCGCCGGAUCGAGGAAAAGCGUGCGUUGCGGCGAGAAGCGGCGGCCCGCACGAUUCAGGCCGCUGUCCGCGGGUACUGCGUGCGCGUUUGGUAUGAAGUCCAUCGACGGCAGAAGCUGCGCGCCAUCGUCACGAUUCAGCGGUUCACCAGACGAUAUCUGGCGCAGAAGCUGGCUGCCCGCCGGUUCAGCGCGAUCGUGCGCGUACAGCAAUGGUGGCGAACGGUGCGCCAAAUGCGCCAGGCGCGGGAGCGUUUUCUGCUCUGCAGAAAGUCGGCAAUCGUACUGCAAACAUCGUACCGACGGUACGCGCUCGGCAGGAAGCUUCUUGCUGCGGCCACCCUGAUCGGGCAGAUACGGGCCGAGGCAAAGCACCGUCAUCUGCAGGCGACCAUCAUUCAGCGUAGCAUUAAAUCAUACGUGAUCCAUCGUCGGUUGCAUGCCACCGUCAAUGGGAUGGUGGCGUUCAUUCGAAGGAAACGGCUCCAAAAUCGAUCGGCAGCAAAGAUUCAGGCGUACCACCGGAUGCGCAUCGUGCGCAAAGAGUAUCAACGCAUCCGUUCGGCAGCGAUUUGUAUUCAACGCCGCUGGCGCGAAUGUAUGGAAGCGCGGCGACUGCGCAACCGCUUUUUGCUGAUGCGUGCUAGUGCCAUUCGUCUGCAGCAACAGUAUCGUGGCUGGAGACAGAUGCGGCAGGACAGGCAAACUUACGCACACGCACGGAACUUGAUCGUGCAGGUACAGCGCCGUUGGCGUGGCACUCUCGCGAUGCGUAAGGAAAGAGCGAGCUACCGAACCCUUCGGCGGGUAGCGAUCAACGUGCAGCGGCGCUUCCGCGCACGACAGGCAAUGCAGUCGGAGGUGGAACGGUAUCGGACGCUUUGCAAAGCUACUGUAACCUUGCAGCAACGGUUCCGAGCCAACAAAGCGAUGAUGGAACAGCGUCAACAGUACAACAGCCUGCGAGUCGCCACUCUUUGCGUUCAGAGGAGAUUCCGAGCGCAAUUGAGUAUGCGUGCCGCUCGCGCCUCCUAUGCGAAGGUUCGGUGUGCGAUCCUUACCAUUCAAAGUCAGUAUCGGGCCACACUGGCAAUGCGCCACGCACGGGAUCGUUUUGUUACACUUCGCACAUGCACCAUCACCGUGCAGGCACGAUUCCGCGCUAUCCUGGCCGGACGAGCCGCCAAACAGCGGUAUGAAUCCAUUCGCAAAGCGACUCUCCACAUUCAGCGCAAGUGGCGCGCAACGCUGGAGAUGCGUCAAGUCAGGAGCCAUUACCGCAGGCAAUGUAAUGCUGCCCUCACUCUGCAACGGUCGUGGCGAGGCGUUUUGCUGCAAAGGAAGUUUAGACAUGACUACCUGCUCUACCGUGAUGCGGCCACCGUUGUGCAACGGCGAUAUCGUGCCCUUGUGCAGGGACGAAUGGUUCGUCGCGAGAUACAACACUGUCGAUGGGCGGCCGUCACCAUACAGCGACGGUUACGUGCAACGCUGCAAAUGAACCGGGAAAGAAACGUGUUCCUACAGCUCCGUCAGACGGUGCUCGUGGUACAGCGUCGCUUCCGGGCCAACCGUGCCUGCCGGGUCCAACGUGUGCAAUAUGCAGCCCUGAAACAAAGUGCCAUCACCAUUUCCCAUCGAUGGGCCGCUACUUUGCAUAUGAGACAGCAGCGAUCGGACUUUUUGCGGUUGAAAUCCGCCACCGUAGUAAUGCAGCGGCGCUACCGUGCACAGCGUGCUAAGCAGCAGGCCGUUCAGCAGUAUGAACGGGUGCGUUCGGCCAUCGUACUGCUACAGCGCAAGUAUCGUGCCCAGCGCGCGAUGGAGAAAUGUCGCGGUCGAUUCCUGAAUCUGAAAAGUGCUUCAAUUGUGGUGCAGGAGUUCUACCGUGGCUAUCGAAAUAUGAGGCACGAUCGAGCAGCUUUCAUUCGGCUUCGCGAAUCGGUCCUAGCGAUACAGUGCCGUUUCCGUGGAAAGCUGCUCAUGCGCCAGACCGUCGUCGAGUACGAGCGCAAGAGGAAGGCAACGAUAACGCUGCAGCGCUGGUUCCGUGGUCACCGUGCAAUGGUAAUGGAGCGCAAACGGUUCACCGCUCUGAAGCAUGCUGCAACGGUGAUCCAGGCACGGUACCGUGCACGACGGGCGAUGCUACACAACGUAGCACAGUAUGGUCGGAUUUAUCGUUCCGUUACAACUAUUCAAAUCCACUGGAAGGCUACGCUCAGCAUGCGCCGAGAACGUGAUCGAUACCAGCAGACACUGCGAGCUGUUCGAACGAUUCAAAUCCACUACCGUGCUUACCGGGAGCGUUUGAUCGAUGAAACAAACUAUCGCAUCUACCGUAGCGCUGUAAUUGUGGUCCAAAGACGCUACCGAGAAAAGCUGCAAACUCGCUGCGAGAGCCUACGGUUCGAACAGAUUCGCCGCAUGGUGCGCGGCUUGCAGACUUACGGGCGUGGUGUGCUAGCGCGACGCGCCUUCCUUGCCCUGCUGACGCCCGAGUACCUGGAGCGCAAGCGGCAGCAAAAGGCGGCCCUGCGCAUACAGGCUUGGUGGCGUGGCGCUUACCACCGCAAGCGCUACCAGACGAUGCAGAUGCGCAAAAUCGCUCAGCAAAUGGUGGCGAGCCGCAUGGCAGCUCGGCGCGAUCCUACGAUCCGGCUGAGCAACGUGAGCCGCCUCUGUCUGCGCUUCCUGAAGACACGCUUCAGCUCGUCGGAAGCGAUCGGCAUCCUGAAGCGGCUGGAGCGCAUGUCCCGACUGGUGCCGCAUCUGCUCGUAGAGGAUGCCGUGUUUCUGUCCGUGUUCUGCUACAACAUGAUGGCUCAAGCGAUCCGGUCCGAGGUGGACAAAAUUUUGAUCGAAAUCUGCGCCCGCAUCAUAUUGAAUUUGGCACGCUUCCGGGGUACCAAAGAGCAAGCGUUUCAGGAGGAUGGCCUCGUCACCGUAUCGCAGAUGUUGCUACGUUGGUGUGAUAAGGAUUGUGGAAUAUUUAGCACACUGUGCACACUGCUGUGGGUGUUAGCACACGAUAACAAGAAGAAGAAUGCUAUACGGCGAUACAUGAUAUCAAAAGAUGCCAUUUACAUGUUGCGCGAGACGAAAAAGCUGGUUCAGCGCAAGGAAAAGAUGCGCAAGAACGUCCAGCGUCCGGUAGGGUGUUUGGUUGCACCGAACCCGCAGCUAAUGCGCACGGUACCGUCCCUGGAGCCGGACUUUGGCGUAAAUCGCAGCAAACCGUACGUGUUCUAUUCGUCUGUGUUUGGGUUCGAGCGGGUACUCCAGAUGUUGGAAGUGGAUCUUUCUUAACUUUGCCGCGAA